UACGCGGCAAGCAUUUACUCUAAUUCCACUACAGUUACUUUCUGCAUGCAUUAGCAUCGCUUGCAAGGCUCGACUGUCCGUAUGCUGUAGCCCUUUAGUCGCAAUGGUCAAGGUUAACACCUCUGUUGCCCCACUUUAAUGUACCCCUGCUCUUUAUAUACCUUGUCUAGUACAUUUCCCUCUCCAGCCAUCAAUGGAGCAACAGAGUCAGUGUACUGUGCAAAUUCCUCUGGUAGUUUUAACUGUCAGGUGGGACUGAGGGACCACCCAGAGCAGCUGCCCAUGCUAUCAUCCACCACCAGAGUCUCCAUCAACACCAGAAAAUAGAAGAGCUGCCUGGGUGGGAUUCGAACCCACGACACUCUGCAGUCUAG